CCACUGGAUCCUAGCUCCGCCCCUGCCGAGCACCAACAGGAAAAUACAAACAAGAGAUAGCAAUAUUAGGAAACCGAUCGAUGUAAUUUCUAGGAAGGACAUCUAUGUAAUUCACACUGUCAUUAAAUGGAUUCAACUGUAGUUGACCCAAGAUAACUGUCAGUUGACGGAAACAUGGAUUGAAGGGUAGAUUUGAUAACUUUGCUAUAUAGAAGAGCAAAACCGGUGUGAAAUAUUGUAGAGUGACAUGUUUGAGAACUUUGCAAAAUAGAAUGGCAAAAUAUAGUAGGCCUAAUACCAUUAGGAAACCCGAACUAUUAACUAUGGGUCAUUUGUGUCCUAAAGUAUUCAAUAUGACAAUUGUCUCCCAAACUAUUUUCCCGUUAUGGUUGACCGGCGUUGACCGUUAGUUUUUAACAGAAAGUCUAGUCACCGCUCUGAUGUGGCAUCUGACUUGGAAUUUUUAUUAUUUUAUUAUAUUUAUUUUCUCAUAAAAAUGAAUAAAAUAAAAAAAAGAAAUAAAAAAAAUCCAGAUCUGAAGAUCUGCAUCUCUGGGGAACAAUUUCGGCAACGGUCGAUGCUAAUGAAUUGCUCGCAGCCUUCUGGUCUUUGUUUGAGGGAGUCGACGAGCCAAACCAUGGCUUUGCCGCCGAAUCCGAGGGGAAGCUUGGAUCGAGGAUUGGAAAUGCAGAUGGCGGGGCUGUGGAGUAUCAAGUUGGUUCGAUCGGCGAGGAGGGCGUCGACGAGGGCGAAGGAAUCGUCGCAGGGUUCGUAUACCUCUGGGUGUGAACUCACCAAUCGAAUCUGCGCCUUCUUCCACUCAGCUCCUUCUAUUGAACUCUCGGCUAAUUCCGUGGCGCAUGAGCGCAGAGGAGAGGAGAUGAGAUUUGACGGCGGAGGGGAGCGGAGAAGGAACUGAAUUUUAAGGGUCUGGGAAUUGAGUAUUGGAACGGAAACGAUGGAGUGGAGUGUGGACACAGUGAGUGGAGUGUGCAAUCCGAUUCAUCUCUCUCUACUAAUUGUUUGAUCUUGGGGUAUUGUUUCUUCGAUUGCUCUUUUCUUUCGCACACCACCUGUUCGACAAAAUACUCAGCCUAUAGAAACCCCGCUGAACCAGAACCGCCAAAUUAAAGAAUAACAAAUUCCAAAAGAUGAAUCAAUCGAAGGAUCUCUUCGAGGCUGCGUACGAGGAGCAGGAACAAUCACCGCCUGAUUCACCGCUUGCCCCUGAAGACUUCGACGACCGCUUCUCACGACACAGCCACUGCCCCAAGAGUUGAAGCAUAUCGCGAACGGAGUGGAAAUUGUUCUGGAAAAGCGUUGGCGGGAGGCGGACGGAGUGGAAAGUGGCUUCCUCGACUUCUUUCGGCCGUCCGACGGAGAGGAUAGGGGGGAGGUUGAUCAAAUAAAGGAUGAGGAAGAAG